GACAAAACACGUCUAAAACGAUCGAUCUGUACAAAAAUAGCCGUUUAAACACACACCUGAUACUGACAGAUAUGUCUUCCUCCGGUGGUCCGCUCUCAGUGGAGCUCUCAGUGUGUCUGGAUGUGUUCACUGAUCCGGUCAGCACUCCAUGUGGACACAACCUUUCCAAAAACAGCCAGAUCUGUCAAUACACUAAAGAAACACUCAACCAAAGACCUGAUCUGAAGAUCAACACCACACUGAGAGAGAUCUCAGAUCACUAUAAACUGAAGAGUCCUGAUGAGGGAGCUGUAGUUGUGUGUGAUCUGUGUGAGGACAGAACAGCAGUGAAGUCAUGUCUGGUGUGUCAGAGCUCUUACUGUGAAACUCACCUGCAGCCUCAUUUAAAGGUGACGGGAUUAAAGAAACACAAGCUGAUGCAUCCUGUGAGUAAUCUGGAGGACUACAUCUGCCAGACACACCAGAGACCGCUGGAGCUCUUCUGCAGAGAUGAUCACAUGUCUGUGUGUCUCCAUUGUGCUGUGACAGACCAUAAAACCCACAACACUGUUCUCCUGGAGGAUGAGAAUCAAAAGAUGAAGGCUCAGCUGAUGGAGACACAGAGAGAUCUGCAGAAGAGGAUCCAAGACAGAUUUAAGGAGAUUCAGGAUAUCGAACAAUCAGCAGAAGCCAGAAGAAGAGUUUACACUGACCUGCUGAAACUGAUGGAGGAUCAGCAGAGAGCAGCAGAGGAACAGGAUUCAGAGCGGAUGUCAGCGCUGGAGCAGGAGAUCUCUGAGCUGGAGAGCAGAAACACUGAGCUGGAGCAGCUCUCACACACUGAAGAUCAUCUACACCUCAUACAGAUUCACUCUUCACUCAGCAGCUUCAGAAACACCAGGAGCAGGUCUGAGAUCAGCAGGAAGACUCGCGAGACUCUGAAGAGAGCUCUGAUUAAACUGAAGGAGUCCAUAGAUGAGAAACUGGAGCAAACUGUCUCUGCCGAUCUGAAGUGGAUGCAGCAGUAUGCAGUGGACGUGACUCUGGAUCCUCAUACAGCUCAUCCUGAACUCAUCCUGUCUGAUGAUGGAAAGCAAGUGAGCUGUGGAGAUAUCUGGCAGAAACUACCCAACAAACUAGAGAGAUUCAAUAGAUAUCUAUCUGUUCUGGGAAGGGAGGGAUUCUCCUCGGGGAGGUUUUAUUUUGAGGUGCUGGUGAAAGGAAAGACGGACUGGACUUUAGGGGUGGCCAGAGAAUCGGUUGACAGAAAAGGAGACAUCAGAGUGAGUCCUGAAACUGGAAGCUGGACUGUGGCUCUGAUUAAUGGGAAUGAACUGAGCGCUCGUGCUGAUCCUCCAGUCCUUCUGUCUCUGAGAGUGAGUCCGCAGCGGGUCGGUGUGUUUGUGGAUUAUGAGGAAGGUUUGGUCUGCUUUUAUGAUGUGGAGUCCAGCUCUCAUAUCUACUCCUACACUGAUCAGUGUUUCAGUGAAAAACUCCAUCCAUGUUUUAGUCCAGGGUUUAAUUUUGAAGGUAAAAACUCAACCCCACUGAUCAUCACUCAUCUCAGUUACAAUCACUGAAUAUAAGCCCUGUUUUUGAAUGUUCAGGUAUUUGUUUCAGGCAUUUAUUGGGUAACUUUCACUGAAUCUGAAUAAUGUCUGCUCUGUUUACAGUAAUUGCAACAUCUCAAUAAAGAUGGUUGUGUUGGGCGAUUAGGGUUUAAUUAAAUAAUAAUUAUUAAUACACUUGAAUAUUCACAGAUUAACCAAAAAGUUCCUUUGUUUUAUUCUAUAUUGGUCUGGUUACAUUUCUUUAAACAUUUCAAAUAAAAAAACAUUGUCAUUUUUCUCCAGAAAAGCUCUAAAUGACAAUAUAGUUUUUUUUUGUUUUAGUAAAAUAAUGAAUAUUUUAUCUUUUUUAUUUGAAUUAUUCUUGAUUUUAUUCAACUACUGAUGACAUUUCUUCUUAAUUUAAAAUAACAAUGCAUAAAACAAAAAUAAUGUGUCAUAUUUGUAAGGGUUUUGGGUUGCCAUUUGUGCAUGUGUUUUACUCAUGCUACAUGCAUAUUUAGUUUGUCCCCAUUUUGUCCUUGUUGAUUGUUCCAGUGACGUUCUCCGCCUACCCUGAUACUUAUAGUGUAUCUAAUUCCCUUGUUUCAGUUAUUGUUGAUUGAUGAAUGUGUGCUUCAGUUGUUUCGCUAGUUUCUCCCCUUGUCUGCUAUGCUCUGUUUUGCUGGAUAUAAUAAACACUUUUUAACUGUA